GCCCCCUUGGUCUAUGUGCAUCCGGCGCGGAGCUGGCUAAGAAUGGCGGCUCUUUUGGAAUGUGUCCUGGCGAGGAAAGUGCACGUUAAGAAGGUGUUGCAAUGGCUUCAAAACGCCCAGGAUGAUGACCGACUGGCCUUCAGUGAUGCAGAAGUGAGGGUCCACAAGCAAGAGUUUGUCCCUUUCCUCCUCAACUUCCUGCGGGACAAGAGCAGCCAAGCCCUCACCCAUGGCCCUGCCACGCCUGCCAAGACCCCCAAUCGGCUCAGACCCGCCGCUCACUCGCAGGGCUUCUCCGAGAGGAGGUCCGCCGGUUCACGGAGCGCGAGCCGUGUCCAGCUCUUUUCCCCCACGCCGUCCGUGUCCCCCGGGACGGACUGCGACGCUCAGCCGGGCCCCCAGUGCACAAGCAGCCCCAACUUCUCCAACACGUGGAGCCCGGCGUCCAGGCCUUCGGGCUCCGAGAGGCGGGCCGGCCAGAGGAUGAGUCUCGGGGACUUCGUGCUGUCCUCCCCUGAGCUGCAGAAGGGCCGCAGGAGGAGCGGUGGUCAGGGAAGACACUCGGGGGGACAAGGAGCACAUCACACCGAUGACAGCGGGAGGAGGACAAGCCGAGGAGGCGGGACAAGCGAGCAGGUCUCACCUCCGUCUGUCGGUCAGCUCAAUCUCAACAACCUGGAGGACUUUCCACCUGUGGGCUCGUCACCUGCCACCCACACAGGAAGCAAACCUUCCAGAAGAAUCAACCCAACGCCGGUGAGUGCGGAGCGCCAGCAUUCCAAACCGAAGACCUGUUUCACCUCCACGCCCGUCACCAAAGCUCCCGGUCCGCCCGCAGGGGAGGCAGAGGGUCCUGACGGGUCCACGCGAAGCAGCCCCCUCAGCCUGAUGGAGGAGAGAGCGCUGCUGAAGAGAGAGAAGUCGAAGCGCGCCCAGCAAGCAUGCGCUCCUCUGCCCUGCUUGGAGGAGCCCAGUACCCCAACAAAGUCAGGAGUCCGAGUCGGGUCCAGAGGGACGCCAGACCAGCAGACCCUGUGUCCUGAGCCAUCUAAAGUCACCUCGGCCUUGGUUCUGGACCUCCUGGCUGAACUAUACUGCACCUGUAUAUCUGAGAACUUGGUGCCCAAUAUUUUUCUGGAGCUUUUCUUUGUGAUGCAGCUGCUCACGUCUCGCUCUCCUGUCAGUAAUGAUGCUGAUGAUGAAAGCGUGUGCGGGCUCAAUUCAGACGUGCUGGAGAGACAUUACCUGAGGCAGGUACACAACUGUGUGUACUUUGCAGUGAAGGUUCUGGAGAAUCAGUACCAGUUGUUGGCGCACAUGGACAAGUGCACCUUGCGUCUUCUGGCGGAGAACGAGAGAGUGGCGUCCUUCUCGCCACAUCUGAGAAGUCGCUUGUGUCAGGCGCAGGACAGGAGCACAGCCAAGCUGUCUCUGUCCGUCUCCACCUUCAUCCACUCGGUUCCUUUCCAGCCUGCCACGGACAACCGCUCCAACUUCAGCAGCGACAAGGCCUUCCAUACCUUUAAAAAGCAAAGAGACGUUUUUUACGAGGUGCUGCGAGAGUGGGAGGACUUCCACACGGAGCCCAACUGGAGCUUCGACGCUGCUCUUGGGAGUCGCAUCAGAGGAAUGAUGAGCCAGUUGACAGCUGCAGGAAACCACUCACAUUUUGCUCGUCUUUUCCUGAAGCAGCUCAUUCAGAUGUGCAAGGUCCCUGGAGCUAACGGCUCGCCUGGCGACAGCCCCGAUGCGGACCUGCUGGGAAUGCUGGGGGCCGACGGCCUGGGCCGCCUGAAGCGCCUGGAGGAACGUCUUAUUCAACCUCACGGAGUUGUCGGCCCGUGUCCGCCGCCGUCUUUUCCCGGCCACCAGGAGUUCUUCCGGGACUUCCUGCAAACGGCCAGUUGCUGUCAGCUGAACCAGCACCUGCAGGACAGUUUGUGUCAGCAGCUCCUCCAGCUGGACGACGUCUCCAUCCUCAGUCCUGCUGCUGCCGAGCAAGAGGAGGAGGGCGACGGUGACUUGGAGCAGCAGGAUGAGAAGCAGCGCUUUGCCUCGGUGCUUCUCCUCGCUCGUCUUCUGGCAAAGUUUUUGGGUUUCAUUUCCUUCCUGCCGUACCAAACGUCUGAGAAACCCUCCAUGGAGCUCCAGGAGGCAGCUGUGGCUUUGCGGAGCAAGAGUGUUCCUGUGCUGGACGUCUGCGCUGUGCUGAGGAGCAGCAUGAGGAGAAAGCGCACCAUCCUGACCGUACCUUGGCUGGUGGAGUUCCUCUCCAUGCUGGACUUCACUGGUCCACUGCUGCUCAGCUACAGAGUGGCUUUGGGUACACUGUGUCUGCUCUACAGGAGAAUGAUCCUGGGUGGAAGCGGAGAAACCCUUUACCUGAACAAGCUGCUCCUCCUGUCCGUACUGGGCUGGCUCUUCCAGAUCCCUGUCAUCCCGGAGGAGGUUUUCUUCACCAAUGACUUCACUGAGGUGGCCAAGCUGGAGGAGGUCGACGCCAGCGGUGCUGCAGGACUUGACUUUAUCCCCCUGGUGGAUCAGCAGCUUCUCUACACUUGCUGUCCAUUUCUUGGUGAGUUCCGGAAGCUCCUCGCCGCCUUCGUGUCCGGAAGCAGCGCCAAGAGCGGGGGCGUCGUCCGCAAGAUCACCCCGACGUCCGCCGAGCCCCGAGACGCGGCGGGCCCCCGGCGCUCGCAGCAGAAGCUGCAGGCCGACCUGGAGCAGGCCUUCUUCCACAACCAGCCGCCUUCUUUGAGACGCACGGUGGAGUUUGUGGCCGAGCGUGUCGGAUCCAACGCCGUCAAGCACAUGAAGGCCACGUUAGUGAGGGAGUUGGUGGAGAAAGGGGAGAAGAUGCUGAAAGAUGGACUGCAGUCCGCCAAAGCCAACCCGUCCCAGCUCAAUGAGUCCAUCUGUGCUCAGCUGUGUGAGGCAGGACUAGAGGCGCUGACCCGAGCUAGCAGGUUUUGCUGUGAGAAGAGUCCAGAAGCCAUCCAGACUUUGCUCCCUGAUGAGACCUCCCCUGCUGUAUUGGCCACGUCUGAAAACAUAACCAAGCACCUUGCCACAGAAAAGGCCUGCAGCUGGCUGGCCGCUAACAUCACAGCGUUGAUCCGGCGAGAAUGGAAGUGCAAGUACGAGCACGUCAGGAAGAGUUUGGGGAUCUCCUCCGCGCCUUCAGACUCGGCAGACGCGCGGCUCGCCGUUCACGAGCCGGUGGCUCCUGGUCUGUCAGUGAGCCCUAAAAGGAAGCCAGGUGGCGCCAGAGCGACGUCCUGUUCCCCUUGUUGCAGCCACAGCGCCCUGCUGCCCUCUGAUGUCCUCAUCAUGAUCAAGGACUGGUUGAGCAUCGCCGUGGGCCCCAGGACUGAUGAGGAGCUGCCUAGUGGUUCUCAGCUUAGGAAACUUUUCCAGCAAGUGGGAGACACGCUGGCCUGCAAGAAGUUCUCAACUGCAUUGUCAGAGCAGAUGCUGCUCAACUCCACGGUCCUACUGGCCUGCAAGCUCGUGUCUGCCGAGCUGCCCCUGCUGGCGCCUCCAUCCAGCCACAGCCAGGGAGACCAGGGGGACUUCAGCGGGAGUCCUGGUCCUGGUUCUGGUUCUGGGUCCGAGCCUUCCGUCAGAGCCCUGCUGGAGCAGCUCAGCCAAAUGUGGGAGGAAAACUGCUGUGACCACGCUCCCGUCCACCUGCUCUUCUCCCCACUCGUCGUCACCGCCGUGCUGACGGCCGGUGACACCCAGUGGAACAACUUCCUGUUUUUGGUGCGGAGGCUCGUUGCUGGCGGACUUUUAUCCGAGGAGGACGUCCUCUCCCACUGGGCCAAACUCACCAAGCAGGAGCUGAUGCAGAAGUUCCAUCUUCAGUCUGAGAUGGACGCGCCUCUGCUGCAGAGUCCGAGGGACGUGCUGCAGCUCUCCAAGCAGACAGUAGAGGGCGCCACAUGACAAGCACGUAUUGAAGCUUCUUUCACUCGCUGCCUUUUAAAGCCAUUUAGUGGUCAGUUUGCAUGAAUGCAACAAUGCAUUUGUGGUUGUCUUUGUUCACGUUGAACAAGCAUUGUGGCUCAUUUUGCUCCCCCCCCCCCAAAAAAUAAUGUUUUAAUUUUGUCACACAUGUAUGUGAUGAAAAUAAAAAUAAAGAGAAACU